AUGGAGCUGGAGCCGUCGGGGCGCACGGAAACCGGCACUCGGAGCGGGAGAGCCGCGAUGAGGAAGCAGAGCGCGCGCACGGCGGCGCUCAUUCUGUGCAUCCUGUCCUACCUGCUGGUGGGUGCCGCUGUUUUCGAUGCGCUGGAAUCCGAGGCGGAGCGCAGCCGGCAGCGGCUGCUGGCUCGGAAGCGGGGCGAGUUCCGCAGAAAGUACCGCUUCUCCGCCGACGACUACCGCGAGCUGGAGCGCCUGGCGCUGCAGGCCGAGCCGCACCGCGCCGGCCGCCAGUGGCGCUUCGCAGGCUCCUUCUACUUCGCCAUCACGGUCAUCACCACCAUCGGGUAUGGUCAUGCCGCGCCGGGCACGGACUCGGGCAAAGUGUUCUGCAUGUUCUAUGCCCUCCUGGGCAUACCCCUGACGCUGGUCACCUUCCAGAGCCUGGGCGAGCGUCUAAACACACUGGUGCGGUGUCUGCUGCUGACAGCCAAGCGCUGCCUGGGCCUGCGGCGGCCGCACGUCUCUGCUGAGAACAUGGUGGUGGCCGGGCUGCUGCUCUGCGCAGCCACCCUGGCCCUAGGUGCCAUUGCCUUCGCGCACUUCGAGGGCUGGACCUUCUUCCACGCCUACUACUACUGCUUCAUCACUCUCACCACCAUAGGCUUCGGCGACUUCGUGGCGUUGCAGAGAGAUGAGGCGCUGCAGAGGAAGCCGCCCUACGUGGCCUUCAGCUUCCUCUACAUCCUGCUCGGGCUCACGGUCAUCGGUGCCUUCCUCAACCUGGUGGUCCUGCGCUUCCUCGCCAGCUCCGACGCCCCGGAACGCGCAGUCCACCGCCGUGUCAGCGUGUUCCGCAGGGGGGCGCCCGAGAGCCGCGUCCGCGCCGGCGCCUCCACCUGCAUCCCCUACCCCUUCCAUCAGCUGGAGACCUGGGCCCGUGACAACCCGGCCUUCUCACCCCCCUUGAGCCCAGAAGCCACGCAUCAUUGCCACAGCAGCCCAGACAGACCCCGAGCCCGGAGGAAGUCCAUCUGA